AUGAACGCUCUCAGGGUCCUGGAUUUGUCAAGAACUGCGCUCCAGUCCUUGCCUAAAAACUUUGGAAGUUUGAAGAAUUUAGUUUCCCUCACAUUAUGCUCUGUGCCAAUAAGGAAACUACCCUACUCUGUCGCUAAUCUUAAAAACCUUGAGGUAUUAGAUCUUUAUCAUUCUGAUAUUACACAACUCCCAUCCAGCAUUUCUAAAUUGACUUCCUUAAAAUAUCUGAAUGCUGCUUCUUGUCAGAACCUGCAGUGCCUGCCUAAUGGAAUCUCACGUCUUACAUCUAUGGAGUACCUGAAUGCAGGUGGUUCUCGAAAUAUAGUAUGGUAUAAAUGCAGAAGAGGUCGUCUCUCAAUUACUGAUUUGGGCAACAUAUACCAACUCAAAAGGUUAGUUCUUACAAAUAACGGUGAGAUAAUUCGAGAAGAAAUGCUCGGGAACAUGAAGCAGAUGCAAUCUCUAUUUUUAGAUCUCACCGAGACGGAAUGGCUACCCCAUGACAUGACUGCUAUGUCUAAAUUGAGGACACUCUGGCUAGCGUGUCCUCAAUUAAUCCAAAUGGAGGAUUCCCUUUAUGGAUUUCAAAAUCUGGGCUACCUAAGAUUAUUCAACUGUGCCAAGUUGAAACAACUACCUCAAUUGCAGAAGCUUGAGAAUCUGAGGCACCUACAAAUCGUUAAGUGCCCCAACAUAGAGAAGUUCCCAGACGAAUUUGGCAAGGAAGGAGCAUUUCCCAAGCUAGAGGUAUUUUCAAUGGUGGAGGUGGAGAAGAUAGAGCAGCUGCCAAAAGUUGAAGUCGAAGCACUGUCUUCACUCAAAAUAUUCACAAUAAUGAAGUGUGAGGCACUGCAGAGGUUUCCAGAAUGUUAUUGGAAUUUGAAGAGUGUAGAAAAGAGAAGAGUAUAUGGUUGCUGA